UGGGGGGGGGAAGCAACAUCUCAUGACGUAGAAAUACAGCGCCACAGGAGCUAGUGCUUCAGCUAGCUUCAUUAGCUCACGUUUCCUGAGGUUACUGACAGCUCCCCAGCUCAUGUUGGCGGGUGUUCUCUGUGGUUAGAUGGUUUAAGUCUCCACCGACAGUCGGUAUGGCAGCGGAGGAGGGUUUAUCACCGACCCUUGUGACAGAGGGAAUGAGACACAGCGAUGGCGGCUUCGUCGCCCCCGACGGUUUAUGCUGGGUGUCGGUGCUGUCCUGUCUGCUGCUCGCCUGCUCGUAUGUCGGGAGCUUGUACGUGUGGAGGAGUGACCUGCCGAGGGAUCACCCUACUGUGAUUAAGAGACGCUUCACCAGUGUCCUGAUUGUGUCGGGCCUUUCACCUCUCUUUGUGUUGGCAUGGAGAGAAUUCACAGGCGUCAGGACUGACUCAUCGUUAUUUGCUCUCAUGGGGAUCCGGUUUGAAGGCCUCAUUCCUGCCAUCAUACUUCCUCUGCUGCUCACCAUGGUCCUGUUCUUGGGCCCCCUUAUGCAGUUGGCCAUGGAUUGUCCCUGGAGCUUCAUGGAUGGGAUCAGGGUAGCCUUUGACCCGUGCUUCUGGACGUUGUGUUUCAAUGACAUGCGCUGGUUGAGGAAUCAGGUGGUUGCCCCGUUGACAGAGGAGCUGGUCUUCAGGGCCUGCAUGCUGCCCAUGUUGGUGCCGUGUGCUGGCCCCUCUGUGGCUAUCUUCACCUGCCCUCUCUUCUUUGGAGUAGCUCACUUCCACCAUGUGAUCGAGUUGCUGAGGUUCAGACAGGGAACGCUGUCAGGAAUCUUCCUCUCUGCAGGGUUCCAGUUUUCCUACACAGCGGUGUUUGGGGCCUACACUGCCUUUAUCUUCAUCAGAACAGGUCACCUGAUUGGCCCGGUCCUCUGCCAUUCCUUCUGCAACUACAUGGGUUUCCCGGCCGUCAGCACAGCCCUGGAGCACCCCCAACGCAUCAUCGUCCUCUCCUCCUACCUGCUGGGGGUCCUCCUCUUCCUCUUCUUCCUCUUCCCCUUCACUGACCCCUUCUACUAUGGCCUCCCCACACCAGUCUGCACCCUUACCUCCUACCCCAGCUCCCUCUGCCUCUCCUGAUCCUUGCCACCCCACCCCCCCACACACACUUGAUGAAGCAGUCCAGUGUUUUUUGCCAAGUUAGAGAUCAGCUCCGGUCCUGUGGGGGCCGACAGCGCUAGCCAUGUGGGCAUAUUUGUCAUGGAGAGGUGAGGAACUCUGUAGCCCUUUGCUGAGGUAUAUGGACCCUCGAUAUGUCAACACAUUUACAUGACAUAUUUCAGUGAAUCAGCUGAUCAGCUCACACAGAAUGGCUCCGUUUGAGUAGGUGUGAUUCAUGUUGCUGUGAUUGAACCGGAGACUGUUCCGAUUCCAAGGACUGUUGUUCUGUGAUUGUUGGGCUAUGAUGCCACCCUGAAUUGAUUGUAGUGUAGAUAUAUAUACGCAGCAUUGAAGGACCAUUCCUCCUCAGAUUCUCUUGCUGGUAAAUCUCACCAGUUUGUGAUGAAGCAUCAGUAUGUACCAUGAUAGUGUACUAUUUAUCAACUCGAUCUGCCUCAUCUUUUUUAAAGGAUAAUUCUGGUUUAUUCACAUGUUGAAUUUAUUUCCAUGGUUUAAAGUAUUGGCUUGUAGAAACAAGAGCUUCAAAGCUGACAAAGUUCUGUGUUUCGGUUCACACUGGGUUAUUUUCACAUGUAUUUUAUUUUGUUGCAAUUAGCCUGCUGAGCUAAUGAUCAGUAAUGAAUUAAGUAAAUAAAAUGUAGCUUCAUGUCUCAGGUUGGGUUUGGGCUUUAAAUUUGCCAGUACCAGUCAGGCUUAAUUGGAUCUAAUAGAAGUGGGUGUAGGCUGGGUUUGUUAUCAGCUUUGUGCUCCUGUUGAAAUAAAGCCAGAAUUAUCCUUCAGCUCCCUUUUUGAGGAAGACAUGGAAAUUGUUGCUUUCAGCUGCCGGUUGUUUAAGAAAUAGUUGUUCCAGCAAAGACAGUGAGUCACAACAAUCACUACACACUCAAAAAACUCUGCACAAAAAGGCUGCACUGCAUUCUGGUCUAUAGAUGCUCAUGGGGGAUGUUCUGAGUCUUGUUCAUCAGCAUAAUAGUCCCGCUGUAGCUACAGGGGAGCGACAGGGAAGUUGUUGUGGUGCGGAAAUAAGAAAAAGACACUAUUUGGCAAAAUGGUUGGGUUAUAAAAAGUAGUUUUUAAUGUUCUGUUUUUAACAGUUACAUUUCAAAUGUUUUUUUUUCUUAAUCUGAAUUCAAACUCCAAGACGUUGCUGUUGAAUUGACCAUUGUUUAGUGAAGAGACAUAUUAACGGUCAUUUAUAUAUCUCUGCAUGUUUCAGUGCUGGUUGUUGGUGAAGGCAGGUGAUGGGAUAGUUUAUGGUGGGGGGGGUGUAAUUGUUGUACUGCGUAAAACAUACUCUGUUUAAGUGCACACUUUGAACAACCAAACUUAGGCACCAAUCCAAGCAGGCAGUGUUCUCCUGGUGGUCUUUUGUGUGUGUUCUGUUGCUGCCUCAUAGUGACGCUAACUAAUGCUCACUCUUGGGUUAUGUUAGCAGCCCAGUCACACCACCACACAAGUCAGUAUUUGCAUUCAUCCUACUGAGUUCCACUUUGUGAAUUCACACUGUUCAUCAGCUGAAACCUCUUUGCUGGCACUGAGUAAGGCUGGACUAGCAGUUUAUGUCGGAUGAUAUAAAUAAAUGCAUAUGUGGAUAUAAUAAUGAAUGGCACUUAUGAUGCUUGUUUGGUUGGAACAAACAGUUUAGUGUGGCUCAUUUGGGCUGGUACAAAAGCUGCAAGUCAACCAUUGGUGCUAAUCACUGAAAAGUGUGUAUUGUGCUUCUAUCCUCCUUGAACUUUGGCCAUUCAUUAAAUCAAUGAAGAAGUGUGUGACCAAAUGUUUGUCACGGUUGAGACCGAAAGAACCAACAGGUGUGAGAGUGUGUAAAACAACAGUAUUAACUGAGGCAGGUCCUGGUUUGUUGAUUAAACCUCCUGCUCGUUCAUUUUCCAUUUUCAAAGGCUGUUUUCGACAGUUGCAGAGCAGACCUACAACCAAUCAAAACAUAGAAAAGUUUGAUGUAGAGCAGCGUGGCAAACAUCAACAACAGACAUCAAGGUCAGCAGCGCUCCCACUGGUCACUCCCUUGUCAGUUACCAAGUGUUUGGGCCGACCAGCUUCAAAACAGAUGGAAAUCGGUCCUGAGUGGGAGACCCAUCAGCCAGAGUGAGGUUCCUGAUUUAACUGGUUUCCAGACUAGGAGAAUGCUGCCUUUAAUCAAAAUUGAUUAAAAUAAUAAUUAUUUAUAAAAAGGACAGGAGUAGUUGUCUCCUCCAUUUCCCCGUUUUGAGUAUGUCCAACUCAUUUAGUUGUGUGCCUGUUUUUGGGGUGACUGGGCACUGACAACUUUAGGUAAUAUAUUUUCAGACAUGCUGAGUUUCUGUGUUUGUGUCUUUAAACAGAGUAUGUUUUGGUCUUAAAGCUGGAUAUUCUUUUUGCCUAUCAAUCUCAAGCGGAGGACCUUUUGAGUUCUCUAAGCCUUGAUGACGUAUAGCAUUUUCUAAUUGUUUGUUUUAUUACAUUCCUUACAUCUUUGGAACAGGAGCUUACAGUUUCUAAACCAGUCACUGUUCAAAUGUCGUUUUAUGAUUUCUUAGGCUUUUUUCUUAACCAGUACAUCUGUAGAUUUACGAGGUGUAAUCCUGCCUACUUCUCCAGUUCUCUUUUUGCUUCAGUUAUGUAUUGCUACCGAGUGAAAAGAAUGUAAAACCGUGACUCUGAGGUGUAUUUAAAUAGAGACAACAAUGGUCCAAACACUGCAUUGCAUGCCGCUGAUUUUUUUUUAUUUUAAAGAGGCAGGAAAACGCUCAUAGCUUUACUAGGAAAAAAAGGACUAGAUUGAAAUUAAAAUCAAUACAUUUCUGACUAACGGGGAAUCCAAUGAUCUAUGACCUGGGUUUUGUUUUAAUAGUAAUGACCACCAUUAGCAUCAGUUCAGAAAACAUUUGAUCACAUGUAGCUGCAGCAACACAGCUGAUCAUACAAACUGUGACUAAAUCCACAUCGGAGUCCAAAUGAUCUGACCUUGAAACCUAACCUGGACUUUUGCACUUUGCAACACAAGUUUUGCCAUCAUUUUCCACUCUAACAGUUUUCAUAUCUGACUUAGAAGUCAGCUGGCAGAGUCGUCACAGAAUUCACAUUCAUGGUACCACUGUAUGUGACACUGUGGCAGCAAUCACUCUGUCCAAAAAUGCAGUUUGAGUUCCCCUACUGUUACGCUUAGAGCAUCCAGGUUCUAAAUUAGUGACAAGGAACAUUUUUCUAAUUAAGAACCAUUUAGAUUUUUCUAAAACCCAACAAGGACAAGGCUAAAUUAUUGAACACAUUAUUUGUCUCUUCUCGAGACAAACAAACACUUUGGGAGAAUUAUACUUUGUCUGGUUCGAGCAGCUUCACAAUGACCUGGAGGCUGAAGGAUCCCUAUCCCUGGUCCAACAUAGGUUCUUGGGAGAUAUUUGUACCUCCAGUCCACUCCCUGCUCAGGAGGAAGUACUUUCCAACAGAUCUUAAGAGCUGGGGCUUGCAGUGCUUAACACCGCUGACCGUUCAGAUAUGCCAGCAUUUUCCACCACAUUGUUAUGCACUUGGCACUUUUAAAAGCUGUGAAAACCGCAAACACGUUUUGCUUGUACUUUGGGGAUUGAGCAGCCCAAGAGAUGUGUAUAUAUAGCUUUAUAUGUUGCCAACAUGCUGCAUUAUCAUGCAUACAUGGUGUGCAAGGCAACCACCAUGUUUUUUUAUUAUCUAAGCUGCUUUGCUGAGAAGCCUUAUAUUCUUAUAGGGCUUUUUAAUAGUGCAUGCAAAUAACAAUUUUGCUUUAGGAACUUUUACCCAGAGGAAAGUUUCUGAACAUUUCCCACAGUCCUUAAUUGUAUUCACUUGUUAUCUCCCUUUUUUUCCGUUUGUCAUUAAAUGUCAUCAGAACUAACUUUAAAACAAAAUGAGACUCCAAAGUAAAAGAUGAGCGCUCAUUUCACUUUUGUUUUUCUUUGGCAACAUUUCAAUUUGACCAAUUACAGUUGUAUGCAUUUGGCGCCUGUGCUGUCUUGUGAGGUCUCAGAAUGCAUCACUGGCUAAUUUGAUUGAAUAGUUUUAUUUUUGCUGAGUCGAGUCGGCAUUUGUGAUCAUUUCUCCAUCAGAGCAGCCUGAUUGACUCAUUCCCUUCUCACUCCACUUGUUCACGUUAUCUACAGCUUAGCAGCUUGCUCCAAAGUUGGUGGUAGGUGUUGACGGAAAGAAAUCUAAACGCAAAAACAACAUAAGCUAUAUUCAUACUGUGAAGAAGUUAGCUGCUUGGGUGUUCAGCAAUAAAUCAUCUGUGGGACGUUUUUGCAUUCAUUUUAUGUCUGGAAGCGGUAAAGUAGUAGAUUCUCUGGAUGAAAUGGGGCCAUUCAUGCAUAGUAAUUAAUCUGGCCAGUUAAAUUAUUUUUGGCAGGUGAUAGUUGAAGUUUACAAACCCGUAUGUGAGUUGAGCUGUACCUACCUGAAUCAGCCAGCAGAGGCCAGCAGAGUACUUUGUGAAAGGGAGAGAGGCUGUCGACUCCAUUCUGUUUAUCAGCCAGUCCCUUUACCAGUCAUCCGUCACUGGAGAACCACUUCACUUGAACUUAUUUUUGAAAUAUUUUAGGAACCCUGUGGUUCCGACUCACUGAGGCCAGUUUCCUCUUAAACAGAUAAAUCAUUUAUUUGAGAGUUUUAGUCCUCCACAAUGAACUAAAUAACGAAAUAGUUCUUGCCCAUGUAUAUUUGAAUUCCAACUAAUCCAGCAGUUAUUGAAUGUUAAUAUGUAUGAAUUUAUUUGUGGUGUGUGUUGGAUUUCAAGAGCAGGGGGCGGAUUGCUCUAAAUUAAUCACAGCGAAAUUGGAGUGUUCCUUGGAUGUAGGUGCUAUGGUGGUGUGUAUUUUGCGAGUGUGAGGUGUCAGGCUAUUUCAGGGUACUCCCCCGAGAACAUUCUAUUUUUUGAAUUAAAACCAUGCUUUUUUUUUUGCUUCAUUUUGGACCAUUUAUCAUUAUAAAAAGAAAAUGGACUGUUUGUCACAUUACAUUGACAUUAGCAAGAAGAAAAGCAAAAGAGUCCUGGUCACUGAAGAGCUGUAUCCUUAAGUUCUCCUCAUAAAGAUGUUACUGGGUGAUCGCACUGUGCACCAUACAAACUAGAAGUGAAUGUGAAUGAGAAAUGUGCCAUUCAAACCCAUUCUCCCAGUCUGGCUGUACAUGGGCUGUUUCUCAGUAGCCACUAUCCAGCUAGUGUAGAAAUCGGAGUCCUCUCAAUGUCAAUCCGCUCAAAAUCUAUUUUUUCUGUCGGUUCACAGUUUCCAGACCUUCUUUCUGAGCUCAUCAUCUGGGACGGCUGUAAUUCUUGACUUUUUCUCCCUGGUGCAUUUCUGCAGUAAAGACGUCCGGAGACAUUAUGGGUUUGGGUUGAAAGAUUCCCUGUAGACAUGUGAAAGCGUUUGCUAACCUUGCAACAUUACGACUACUAACAGCCCAUAAUUCAACACUAUAAAGACUGUAGUUACACUGGUACUCACGUUUUUGUUAAGCCAAUUCUAAUGAAAAUUGACAAUUGGACUGGACCUUGGAAUUGGCAUUAAUGUGUUUUUGGGUGAUCAUAUCAAAAAUCAGACAGAGCCUGACCACAUAACCCCUAACCUGUGAUCUGAUUGGCCAAACCUUGAACGAGUGUAAAAUGCAAGUAUGUCAUCAAUCCACAUAUUACAACUGCUUGAGUGGAAAUGCAUAUUAAGCGUCGUGGUUCCAAACCAUUGAGGUAGCAGCAAGGCAGCUAACUACUGGUGAUGGUGUUUAAGAUUUCAAUUUCCCUGUCAUUCUCCUUUUAAGAAGAGGUUUUUAUUUUCCCGGUCUCCUUCACUUUCUGAAACGUUCAAUGUUCAAGCUUCUCUCCAAUCAACUAAUCAUUUCUUUCUUUAGUGUUUCCUGCCACUAUCUUAACCUCAGUCAUGUAGAGACCUUUGCAAGAUGAUCGGGAUGGAACACUUACCUUCACUGCUGUGAGAAGAAAACCCUAUUUAUAUUGUUCCCAAACAAUAUACUCAAUAGCCAAUAAUCACACAUCCGUAUAUUUGCUGUUGUAAUAAUAUGCAGAGAGCAGCAUCGACAGAGGCUGCAGAGACUAUUUUUGCUAAGCAUUUAGCAGCUCCCUUAUUUUACUACACAACUCUUGCAGGAAUAAUCAUUUGAAAUGUGCAUUUUCAGAACUUGUGAAUAUGAAUUGUUGGUCAGCUGGUGAAACUGAACUCCACAGAUGUUUGUACUGAACAGUAUAUUUUGUAACCAGAUCUAUUUUGGUGACGGAGUGUACAGAUAUUUGCAUGUAUUUUACACUCGCUGUGUCACACUUGUACAAUCUGAGUUAGAGAACCAUGUUUUAGUAUGACAAUCUUUUACAGAAACUUUGGAAUUGCUGCAAAAUAUCUAUUUGUAAAUAAAUAAUGUAAUUUUA